UGCUUUUUAUAAUUUUAUAUUUAAAAAUAAAUUUUUGUUAAUUAUUUAGUGAACAAUAGAUGCAUUAAUAUAGUUAAUGUACGUAAAAUAAAUUAUAAAUUUAAACAGAAAUCGCGUUCGGCUAUUUCCGGAUAUAUCACAAAUUUAGUGGAAUCGACAUAAUUUACCCCCUCCAAAUCAUAGUUCGCUUACCAAAAAGUAGCAUAUGAGAUCGAGUUACGCGCGUAUUUGAUGUGAUUUGUUUAUAUCGUGCUACGAAUUGUAAAAAAUUGUUAUUUAUUAACAUAAAAAACAUGGGUGCUGGUUAUACUAUAAUGAAAUUCUUCUUCAUACUACUCAACGUUCUCUUUUUGCUUGUUUCUCUCGGUGGAAUUGGAGUAUCAAUAUGGAUGUUUGUUGAUCCUACAAUUCCUCUUCAUUUCACUCAAGAAUCAAGAGAUUAUCUGAUAACGACCGUUAUCAUUCUCUUAGCAUCGAUUAUCUUGUUAAUUGUAUCCCUUUUGGGAAUAUUUGGUGCAGGUCAGGAAGCUAGAAAAGCUUUGAUUGCUAGUUUCUGCUUGCUUCUGAUAAUAGUUGUCGCCGAAAUAGCAGCUGGUGUUUGGGGUUAUAUAAAUCGGGAUAGUUUGGAGGCCCAUAUAAGAGCGUCUGUUAAACAUUCUGUGGGGGAGGAAUACGACAAAGACGAUAACGUUAAAGCCUUAUUCGAUACUAUACAAACCAAGUUGCACUGUUGCGGCGCAGAAAGACCAAUGGACUGGGUGAGAGGUAAGGAGUUCAUAAUGGGAGUUUCUUCUGAUUUAACAACUUACAACGUUCCCGAAUCUUGUUGUCGAACCGGUAUCGCCCCUACGGAAUGCCAGGGCGCCGUCCGCGACAUCCCUAUCGGUAAGGAACCCAAUAAGAGUUUGGUUUACGACAACGGAUGUUAUACGAUGAUUUACGACAAAAUAAAAGAGAGUUGCUGCAUUAUUUUGAUAGUGGGUGGUGUCAUUUUGGGUAUACAGGUCGUCGGUUUAAUCCUCGGUCUGAUUCUGGCUUGUUCGGUGAAUCGGGCGCGCAGAUACAAAGCUUAGAUUUGUAAUUUGAAAAAUUUCUGUUCGUGCGGCUGAUUUUCGAUAUCGAACAAUUAGGAAACGGCGUAAAUUUAUUGACUUAUAAGUGGCUCGAUACGGUUGAGAAUUGACUGAAAAAAUAAAAUCGGUGACAAUCUUUAAUUGUCGGUAUUUGAAAAUCGGCCGUAUUGUAACGAAGUAUUAUUAUUAUUUCUAAAAUGUUCAAAGGAAAUUUAUACGUACAAAGUGGAUUGUUAAAAGGGUGGUUUUUUUGUGGAAAAAUUGUCGAAAUUUUGAAUUUUCACCCUUGAAACUUCGACUGUGACUUAUCAACUUGUCCUGGUAUAUUAAUUUCGACAAAAAUUGCAAAAAUUUUCGAUUGUACGAAAAUAAUUUACAAUUUUAUGAUUUUUUUUUUUAUUUAAUUUUCUGAAUCAUCGAGAAUUUGUCCGAGAAAAUAUACAGGGAAUAAUUUUUUUGUCAUUAUUUUCGAUUCAAUCUCAGGUUUUUAUUAAUUUCGAUAUUCAGUUAUUCGAAAUUUUUCCAAAAUUCCAACUCUAUUCAGUUAUUACCGAAAAAUUUCAACCACCUCUAUUCAGUUCUUCCAAAUUCCCACCUCAAUUCAUUUCUUUCAAAGUCUCACCUCUAUUCAGUUAUUUACGAAUGUUACAGAAUUCCACCUCUAUUCAGUUACUUCCGAAACGGUCCAAUUUCUAUUCAGUUAUUUUCGAACGUUUCAAAAUCCCACCUCUAUUUCUCUAAAUACCGCCUCUAAUCAUUCGUCUACGAAUUUUUCCCAUCUUUAUUCAGUUAUUUCGAAAUUUUUUAGAAUCUCAUCUCUAAUUAUUUCCGAUUUUUUUUCGAAAUUUCAUCUGCAUUUAGUUAUUUCCAAAACGUUUCGAAAUCGGAUGAAUUAUUUCCCACCUCUAUUCAUUUUUUCCGAAUUUUUCAAGUUAUUUUCGAAACAUUUCAAAAUCCCACCUCAAUUUUUCAAGAAUUUCAGUUUUUCCCAAAACGUUUCAACUUCUAUUCAGUUAUUUCCGAAUUUCCGAAACGUUUCGAAAUCAGAUGAAUUAUACCCCACCUCUAUGUUUCAAGUUCCCACCUUUAUUUAUUUUUCCGAAUUUUUCAAGUUAUUUCCAAAACGUUCCAAAUUCUCAUCUCUAUUCAGUUAUUUCCGAAACGGUCCCAAUUCUAUCCAGUUAUUGCCGAAUAUUCCAAAAUCCAUCUCUAUUUUUCAUAUUCGCUUCUUUAUUCAGUUAUUUUCGGAACGUUUCAAUAUAUGUUAAGUCAUUUGCGAAUUUUUAAAAAUUCCACCUCUAUACAGUUACUUUAAUUUUGUUUAAAUACCAACUUUAUUCAGUAUUAUAUUUUUCACUUUUAAACGGUUAUUUCCGAGAAGUGCCCACCUCUAUUAAUUACUGUUAAACUUCCCAAUUCUUUUUUCUGGUAUUGAUCUGUUUGUGUAUAAUUAGAGUUGGAUCAACUGGUAUAUAAUAAUAACAGUUACGUGUUCACUAUAGAUUAUAAACUUUUGCCACCUCUAUUAAUAUAAUUGUUGAAGAUGGGUGCGACUAUGAGUUUUUUUACGAUUUUUCUACAAUGACCAGCUGUUUACGUCCGCGCAUUAUUUUUAUUAUCGAAAAAAAAUUUACAUAUAUUCUAUAAAACAUUUUACAUUCAAAUGUAAAUAGGAAAAAAAUCUCUAUUCGAAUACGAGUUCUUGAUGUUUGUGCCAUAUUUAUGUGAUAUACGGGGGGUUCAAAAAUAAACUUUUUGAACCUCCCUGUAUGUUAAUUGCUUAGUCUAACGUCGUUCAGUGUUUACUAUAUUCUAUAAAAAUAUAAAAAAAUAUAUGUAUAUGGAAAGUAUUAUAAAUACGAUUUAUUCGAAUUUGCAUUGAGGGAAUCUCAUUUAUUUAUAGUAUUUUCCGCCUAAUUGAAUAUUUAUCAAAAAAAGGGGGAUUAACUCGAAAUAUUCCUUCUACUAACUUUUAGAGAAUAAUUUAAAAGAGAUUAAUAGUUUUAGUUGACGAAAAUUUAAUCCAAACCAUGACAUUUUUGAAAGCCGCCUCUCGCUGUAUCAAACAUUCCAAAAACGAUUUUUUUCGUCUUAGCAACAAACUGAUUGUAUUGAAUUCCGUCUAUUCCACCAAAAAUUUAUUAUCUCUCUUCAUAGACUGCAAUUUUAGUCUAUUUCACCGAAAAUUUAUCAUCUUUCUUCAUAGACUGCAAUUUUAGUCUAAUUCGAAAAUAUUUUUUCGACAUAAACCAAAAUUUCGAUUUAUAGCAAAAAUAUUUUUUCGUUUUGUCGUCAUAACCCCAAAAUUUUUAUUAUUUUACGAAAAAAAGUUACAAUAAACCAAAAUAUGUUGGUAUCUUCCGCCAAAAGUGAUUUUUUUUGUUUUUUCGUCAUAAACCAAAUUAUUUGUUCAUUCCACCAAUAAAUAAUUUCAGGUUUUUUUCGUCAUAAAACAAAAUUUUUAUUAUUCUAUGAAAUCAAAUUCACAAUAGAAAUAUUUGGUAAUCCCACCAAAAAUUAUGUUUCUACAUUUGAUAUCAAUUUUACAACAAAAUAUUUUCGCCACGAACCAAAAUUUCUGUCUAUUCCACCAAAACAAAAUUGUAUUUUUCCAUAGCUUACAAUUUUAGUCUUUUUCACCAAAAGUAAUUUUUUUGUGUUUCCGUCAUAAACCAAAUGAUCUGAUAAUUCCACCAAAAAUUAUCUUUUCAAAUUUUUUUGUUCAUUCCACCAAAAGUUAUUUUCUGUUUUUUCGUCGUAAAGUAAAAAUCUAAUUCUCCAUAGACCAAAAUAUUUGUUUAUUCCACAAAAAAAAUAUCUUCUGCAUUAGUUUACAAUUUUGGUUUUUUCCACAAAAUAUUCUCCAUCAAUUAUAGAAAUGAUAGAAAAAUAUCUUUUUGUCUUAAACCAAAAUUUGUUAAUUUCACCAAAAAUUAUCUUUUUACAUUUUAUACCAAUUUCACAAAAAAUAUAUUUUCGCCGCGAAACUAUAUUUUUGUCUGUUCCACCAAAUUAGAAUAUUAUUUUUCCAUAAUUGACAAAUUAAGUCGUUUUCACCAAAAAAUUUUAACGAUAGAAAAUUUUUUUGUAAUAAACCAAAAUGUUUGUCAAUUCCACCAAAAGUUACAUUUUCUGUUUACUCCACCAAUAAACAAUUUUUCGUCAUAAUCGGAAACCAUAUUUUUUGUUUAUUCCACCAAUAGUUAUAUUUUUGAGUAGACCAUUGGUUUCAUUCCACCAAAUAUCAUAUUUCUACAUUUAUAACGUUUUUCUCGAUUCCACCAAAUAGUUAUCUUUCCUCAAAUACCGCCAUAAGUCUACGAAAAAAAUUCUCACCAUAAAUCAAAUAUUUCAUUUAUUCCACUAAUAAUUAUUUUCUCUGAUGCAACCAAAAAAAAAUAUUUUUUCUCCUUAGUCAACAAAUUCUGUAUAUUCCAAUAUUUUUUCAGCAUAGACUAAAAUUAUUGUCUAUUCCACCAAUAACUGUUUUUUCAUCAUAGAUCACAAUUUUUGUUUAUUCCACCAAAAAAUAUAAAUCAUCGCUUUUUUCACAACUAGUUUUAAAUGUCAAAAUAGCGAAUUUUUGACAUUUAUAUCCUAUUUGAAAAUACUCGUAAUUAAAAGGUGUUCAAACUAUAAAAAUAUACCGAUUCCCGUCCCCACCAAUACUUCAUUUUAUGUGUAUUUAGCAUAUUUGUGCUUAGAUAUAUUAGAAGCUCGACGAAAAAGGAAAUUUUAGCAAAUUUCUCAAGCCAGUUAAAAAAAUCGCUUAUCGUGUUUAACCCAUAUUAAGACUGUUCUAGUUGUGCCAACUUACCAAAAAAAAAUCAAUUACCCCCAUAUCGAACGACUUGACAAUUGAUUAUCCAUAUUUUACCUAAAAUGGGAUCAAAUUAUAUUGAUAAUUGAAAGCGUGUUCUUAUAAACAUUUAAAAAAUGCCGAUUUCGUCAAUUUCAUGAAAAUUAUUUAUUAUUUACUCAUAAUCUGUCCGUCAGUACUUUAAAAUGACACAAUACGUCAUACAUCCCCACCUACACAUCUACUAACCGAAAACUUCACGUCCAAAAAUGAUAUUUCAUCAUUUCAUCAAUUUUUUACUUAUUUAUUUUCGUUUUUGAUUCAAACAUGAAAGUUUCCAAAAAAAUAUUCACAAAAAUUGAUAUAGUUUCACUACCAACUGCGUAGUGUCAUUAAAGUUUUGUUAGGUUAUGUUGAGUUGACUCAAUAACUUCGUUUCUGAACGUGUUUACUCGAAAAAAAAAUUCAUUUCUCGUAACAUUUAAAGACUUUUUUCACUCAAUUAUCUUCUUUUUUAUUAAAACCAUAACAAAAAUCUAUCUAGUUCCACUCCCGGCCGCGUGGUGCCAUCACAAAACAAUAAUUUUGCUUCCACAGAUCUUUAAGAAACAUCACAAAAAUCAUUUAACUCCGGACUAAGUAAAACUCUUUGGUUACUAAAUAAAAUCAUCUGUCAUUUAUGUUAGGUUAGGUUAGGUUAGUUCGUGUGUCUUAUAGGUUAGGUGACUGACGAUGACAGUACCACAACUGUAUAUAACCUAAAAGAUUCGUGUUAUAUUUUGCGCACACUGUAUAGUCGUAAGAGCAAAUGUGUACAUAGGGCGAAGUGGGUAAAGAAAAACGAAUAAAGGAUGAAGGAUUUAUAAAAAAAACUGUAUUUUUGCAAGAAAGUCUUUAGAACGUGAAUUUAUUUUUGUAUGGUACUCAAUGGUAAUUGAAAGAUAAUUAAUGACGUUCUAAUUUACCCUAUGGUUUUUGUUCACUCACAUCAAUUAUAUUUUAACAAAAAAAACUUCUGCCCAUAAAAUUUUCGCAAAGUGACAGAUAAAAUGUUGAAAGCAGUUCUAAUCUACCAUAAAUUUAAUGUAUGCGAGACAAGAAAUACUAUACAAACAAAUAAUAUAUUUACGUUAAAUCCAUGACUUUUCAACCCCAUUGAUAUUUAAAAAUUGAAAAUUCCUUAUAAAAUUUGGAAAUUUGAUAUUUGUUGUAUAAAAAGUUGUUUGAAAAUAACGCAAUGUACAAUGCUCUCCAACAAACCUUAUUAAUCUGAAAGUUUUUUCCUGUCUAUUAAAAAUAUAUAGUAUGCGAAAAAAAACUAUUUUUUACCUGAGUUCUAUUUUAUUAUUGAAAAUAGCGUUUUACUCAUUAUGUUGGAUAUAAAUUAACGAAUUUAUUUUUUAUGUAUUGUUUAAUAAACUUGAAUAACUGUA